GAAAUAAACAUUAUAACCUCUCGAGGACUCCAAUGUAAUACAUGCAAAAAUAGCAGAUUUUAUACGUUAUUGUUGUUCUAAGUUAUUUCAAAAUCACCCCUCGGUAGAGCUCAGCUGUCAUCACUGGUCUUCUUGCGUGGCAGUGACGCUAACGAGACUACCACCUUGAAAGUCCUCCCAACAGUUCUGAGAGAACGCCACUUUUGAAGAGGAACAAGAAAGAGAUCUGACAGCAGUUACUGCCCUCCAUCCACAUUCUCCGGUAUAGUCACGGGAUUUCAAUGUUCAACCUGCUCUUUUGUUUCUGUGUUGAUUUGGGCCAUACAUAUAUGGCGUAUGUGAGUGUCAGUGGAGACUUUUGCCAGGCACAGCACCUCGCCUUCGUGGACAAGUGAAUCGUCCGCCCCCCUCGGGACUACGCUACCCAGAAGCCCCCCUGAAGCCAGCACACUGGGAAUCCCGGUCUCCUCCAACGAUCCCCUGGGAUACCGCGUAGUCCUUGGCCAGAUCGCCCAGCUCUGUCCCCUGAGCCGCCAAUAAGGAAACUGCUCAGUUCUCUUCUACUUCCUGCUUUCUCUCCCAGAAGCCAAUCACAUACCGCUCUCCUGAAUGGGCCGUCUCGCCAACAUGAACCGCCCUGCAGCAGUGGAGAUUGCCUACGAGGGCAUGAGGUUCCUCAUCACACACAACCCCACCAACGCCACGCUCAACAAGUUUACCGAGGAGCUGAAGAAGUUUGAGGUGAGCACGCUGGUGAGAGUGUGUGACGCCACCUACGACAAGGCCCCAGUGGAGAAGGGGGGGAUCGAGGUCGUGGACUGGCCCUUUGAUGAUGGUGCCCCGCCCCCCACCCAGAUAGUGGAUGACUGGCUGAACCUGCUGAAGACCAAGUUCCGAGACGAGCCUGGCUGCUGCAUCGCUGUGCAUUGUGUGGCGGGGCUGGGCCGAGCUCCAGUCCUGGUGGCCUUAGCUCUGAUUGAGACCGGGAUGAAGUAUGAGGAUGCGGUGCAGUUCAUACGACAGAAGAGACGUGGAGCUUUCAACUCCAAACAGCUACUUUACCUGGAGAAGUACAGACCCAAGAUGCGUCUGCGGUUCAAGGAUGCCAACGGCCACAACUGCUGCGUCCAAUAGUGUGUGUGUGUGUGCAGCCUCUCCAUCAAACAACAUUAUUCCAACCAAUGGGAGAUAAAACAACGAGAGAAGGCGAUCAGUAAUUAAUGUGAUUUGUUAACACUGAGACAUGGCUAAUUGAUCACAGAAUUGAUGACCUAAUGAGCGAAUGAUUCCAUUUUAAUGAAUGCAAAUCUAAAGGUCUGAACCAAUGAAGGAAAAGGUCAAAGCACACAGACGCCUCCGAGUUAUCGUUGCCCAAUCAUGGGCCUAGAAUUUCUUUGAGUCCUAAAUUUUUAUUUUCAGUCUUGAAUCAUGGGAUAGCUUUUCCUUCUUUUUUUUUUACACACAUGUACAUGGAAGUUUAACGAUGGUGAUAAAAAAAUAUCCGAAAAUGUUAAGGUAUCGAUUGAUCAUUUGUUUAUUUUUCUGAUGAUAUUAAUUAUGCCACGGGUUAUUUUUUAUUACACCUUUAUUUAACUAGGCAAGUCAGUUAAGAACAAAUUCUUAUUUACAAUGACGGCCAAUCCCGGAUGACGCUUGGCCAUUGUGCACCGCCCUGUGGGACUCCAAAACACAACCGGUUGUGAUACAGCCUGGAAUAAAACCAGGGUGUCUAUAGUGACGCCUCUAGCACUGAGAUGCAGUGCCUUAGACCACUGCACUUUUUAAUAAAAAUAAAUGUUUUUUACCCUUUUAGCACAUUACAAUAUUAUUCUGUUUAGGACUAAAAAUAACAGUCCAUUUGGAUUAUUGAGGUAUUUUUGUACAACACAAAAUCUCCCAAAAGUUCUCCCAAAAAAUGCAGUAAUGUUUCCCGCCCCCUCUCGCUUCUAGUCACUUUUUAAUUACGGGGUUGGCUAGGUUUGAAAUAUUAUGUCCGCUGUAUUUAUUUACUGGCUAUAACUCGCAGGCCAAUCUGGAUUUUGGUUGGGGCAAGGACUAUUUUCAGGUUCUUAUUGUCUUUUUUUGUUUUUUUUGCCAUCUUUUAACUUUAUUUUUAUUUUUUAUUUGUUUUACCUCACAGGAGUGCAAUAUUCAGUCCACCUCGGAAAAGCCCCCAAACCCCCAAUGACCGUCCUGCACACACACACACACACACACACACACACCCAUAGAGACAGUUUCACAGGAAGACACUUGGCUAGUCUUACUGUAGGUACUUUUUUCCAUUCAUCAAUGCUGCUUACUGGGUUUACAAUAAGACUUCCUUACAAUGACUGCACACGCACACACACAGAUGCACAAACACACACUCUCAAUGAUACAACUGUUAAUCCCUACUCUGAAGGAAAGUAGGUGGAAAAGAAAGCAAAUGGUCAGUUAUUUUAUCAUUGUACCCAUUUUGAAGACAUUCCUAUUGGUUUUAAGAUAAAUAAAGACAUUUAAAUAAGA